CGGCAAGUAGAAGCAAGCAAAUGAAACACGCAAAAUGAGUUGAAAAAAGAGUCCAAAACUCUCUCAUCUCUUUUCAACUCUGUCUCCUUCUCUUCUCCUCUCCUCCUCUUUAGCACAGAGUUGCUGCAACCAUGUCUACUAGCAGCAAAGAAAAUGUAAUCUUAUUUCCAUUCAUGGCACAAGGUCAUCUAAUCCCAUACUUAGCUUUAGCUCUAAAAAUCCAAUCAAAGUUUGAUUACACUGUAACCAUUGUAAACACUCCUCUCAACAUUCAAAAACUCCAAAAAUCACUUCCCCCCAACACUCCAAAUAUCAACUUGGUUUCAUUACCUUACUGUAGCUCUGAUCAUAAUCUCCCACCAAACUCUGAAAACACUGAUGUUCUUCCUUACACAAUCAUGGUCAAUCUUCUUGAUUCAUUACCUUCACUGAAACCCCAUUUCCACAAGUACAUCUCAGAUCUAGUGAAACUGAAUACUCCUCCUCUUUGUAUCAUUGCAGAUUGGUUCUUUGGAUGGACAGUUGAAGUUGCUAAAGAAUUUGAUAUUUUUCAUUCAGUUUUCAAUACUGGUGGUGCUUAUGGUAUGGCUAUCUACUACUCAAUCUGGUUGAAUCAACCUCAGCUUCAAAAUGAGUCUGAGGAAGAGUUCUUACUUCCUGAUUUCCCACAAGAUUUGAGAAUCCACAGAUCUCAGUUAGCUAAUAAUGUGUUGCAAGCAACUGGUACUGAUUCUUGGUCACUGUUCUACAAAAGAGAGCUCUCUCAGACAUUGAGUUCUGAUGGGUUCUUGUUCAACACAGUUGAAGAGUUUGAUCAAGUUGGGUUGACUUAUUUCAGGUCAAGGUUGGGUCAAGAUUCAGUUUGGGCAGUUGGUCCAGUUAGUGAUUAUUCAACGUCUCUCAAAUCGAGAGCUAGUAAUGGUACUAGUUCUGAUUUGAGUAUUCAAUGGAUCGAUAAUCAAGAAGACAAGUCAGUUUUGUAUAUUUCAUUUGGGUCACAGAACACAAUUUCAAGCACCCAAAUGAUGGAAUUAGCAAUUGGAUUAGAAAAGAGUGGGAAGAGUUUCAUUUGGGUUGUCAGGCCACCAUUGGGGCAUGAUAUAAAUGGAGAGUUCCGGUCCGACUGGCUACCGGAUGGAUUCGAAGAACGGAUGAAAGCUAAGAACAGGGGAUUGUUAAUGAGGAAAUGGGCACCUCAGUUAGAGAUUUUGUCACAUAAAGCUACAUCAGUGUUUUUAAGUCAUUGUGGAUGGAAUUCAAUUUUGGAGAGCUUCAGUUUUGGUGUGCCAAUUAUUGGAUGGCCAAUUUCAGCUGAUCAAUAUAACAAUUCAAUGUUGUUGGAACAAGAGAUUGGUGUUUGUGUUGAAUUGGCUAGAGGGAAUAGAAAUGAGAUUCGAAAUGAAGAUGUAGUGAGAGUUAUUGAUUUGGUUAUGAGCAAUCAAAGUAAGAAAGGGGCUGAAAUGAGAACUAAAGCUUGUCAAGUGAAGAAGAUAAUUGAAAGUGCAAUUAUAGACGAAGAGGGGUUUAAGGGUUCUUCUGUGAAGGGUUUGGAGGAGUUUUUUGCAAUGGCAUUGUUAAGGAAGAAGAAGAUGAAGAUUGAUCAGACCAUAGCAGCUUAGGAUUAAUUUGACCACAAGAUUAGACAUUUGUGUAAUGCAUUCUGCUUCAACUAUGUGUCGUGAUUUUUAAUGAAUGCUGCAAAUGUACAUUACUGAAUUACUGAUUACGUUUGAAGAGAAUAAAUGCAAUGAACUUGGUUCUUGAUCCUCCA